AUGCUGGACCUAGAAAUCGUUCCAGAACGCUCCCUGGGUUGUGAGACCUGGGAAUUUGUCCUAGGAAUGCAUUUCUCGCAAGCGGUCGCGAUUAUUCAGAGUCAAGUUGGCACUAUCAGGGGUGUCCAAGUGCUGUACAGUGAUCAGAACCCCCUCGCUGUCGACCUAGUGAUAAAUAUGCCUCAAGACGGGAUCCGGUUAAUUUUCGACCCGGUGGCGCAGCGGCUUAAGAUCAUAGAAAUAUACAAUAUGAAAUUAGUUAAGCUUAGGUAUAGUGGUAUGUCUUUUAACUCACCGGAGAUAACGCCAUCUAUCGAGCAAGUGGAGCACUGCUUCGGCGCGACCCACCCGGGCCUAUAUGACAGUCAGCGGCAUUUGUUCGCGCUUAAUUUUAGGGGACUCACCUUUUAUUUUCCUGUUGAUAGUAAAUUUGAGCCUGGCUACGCUCACGGCCUGGGCUCGCUUCAGUUUCCUAAUGGAGGUUCACCUGUCGUCUCUAGAACAACUAUCUAUUAUGGCUCACAGCAUCAGCUGACACGGUCCAGCAAUGGAGGUCGCUGUUCGGCACCGUUAGCAGACCUCCCUCUAUCCUGUUAUCGACACCAGCUCCACUUGCGCCGUUGCGAUGUCCUCAGAAGCGCUACGAGUACGCUGGCUCUUGGCCUACAUAUAUACACUGAAGGAGGUAGAUCCGGCGAUGCCCCGUGUGCGCGCCGGCGUGUCAUCCGCUUCGGUGACAGCUGUCAGGCUGUUUCCCGCGCUUUGGCCGCUCCGGCGCGUCUCUACUACAAAGCGGACGACAAGAUGCGCAUACACAGGCCGACGGCGCGUCGCCGCCCACCCCCGGCCAGCGACUACUUUUUCAACUACUUCACUCUGGGUUUGGACGUUCUAUUCGAUGCGCGCACGCACCAAGUGAAGAAGUUCGUGUUGCACACCAACUACCCCGGGCAUUAUAACUUCAACAUGUACCAUCGCUGCGAGUUCGAGCUCAACGUACAACCCGACAAAGAUAAUGUUGAACUUAGAUCGGAGUCCAACGCGCUAGUCGAGUCGCGCGGCGCCGUCUGUAUCACAGCGUACAGCAAGUGGGAGAGCGUGUCGCGGGCGCUGCGCGUGUGCGAACGGCCUGUGGUCCUCAAUAGAGCUUCUUCGACCAAUACGACCAACCCCUUUGGAUCUACUUUCUGCUAUGGAUACCAGGACAUCAUAUUUGAGGUGAUGUCAAACAAUUACAUAGCGUCGAUAACUCUCUACCAGCCCGAGGGAACUCGACCACAGUACGCGGUCAGUUCCAUCGCGUGA